AUGAGUAUUCUAGAACUUAAUCUAAAUAAGGAGAGACUUAUUGGCAGUGGCUCUUUUGGACAAGUAUAUCUUUUCGAAGAAACAAACGGAAGCUCUUUUGUCGUCAAAUCGAUUGGUGUUAAUUGGAAAACGGAGAAAGAGCGAAAUGUCUUCCGAAAAGAAUGUGAAACCCUUAAAAAGCUUGCCCAUCCUAACAUUGUAUCGUGCAUUGAAAUUGUAGAGGUUCCCAGAGAUGAUUACACCGACUUUCUACUGAAGAUGGAAUAUUGUGAACGCGGGACUUUAAAAAAUUUGAUUGAGAAUGUCCAGAUAAUCUAUUCGAUGACAAAUGUUCUUGUUUGGACUGAACAAUUAUUUGAUGCACUAAGCUACAUUCAUACAACUCAUGGAAUCGUUCACAGAGAUUUGAAACCGUUGAACAUACUCGUGAAGGCUGAUUUUACAAUGAAGAUUGGGGACUUUGGGCUGAUCGAUUUCAAAAAGUCAACUGCUGAGGAACAAGUGCAAGAGGAUUCAAUGUCCUCACCAAGAAAUGAUGUGUACUCUCUUGGUUUAGUUAUAUGGGAGUUAAUUGAAAGGCGAGUCAAUCUUUUGGAAUAUAUCAAGAACGAUAUUUUUGACCAAUGGAACUUUAUUCAUGAUGUAUGGUUUGGAGAAAUCAAUCGAAUUGCACCACCUGAUUGUUUGGAGGAAAUAAGCGAGAUUGUGCAAGAUUGUGUCGAGUUUCAACGUAUCGAUCGGCCAACUGCAAUAGACGUUUUGAAUAAAAUUCGGACAUUCAAUCAGCUUCAAGGUGUCAUUGCAUCGAUUGUUGAACCGCCCAAAGUUGAUGAGAACCAACACGAACUAAUCCGGCCAAUUGGUUUUGAUGAUCUCACAAGUGUACAACAAGUUCAUAUUGAUCAUGGCAAGGCCACUGUAGAAAAAGAUGACCAUGGAAUUUAUGUUGAUCCGCUGGACAUCGAAUCCUAUCAUGGAGGACAGCUUCGUCACUUGACGCAGUUAUAUAACGAGAGGCUGAAUUUGCUCUCUGAAGAAGAAAGAAAACAAUUUAUCGAAUACAGUCCGAUACUUCAACGCAAGCUAAUUGAAGAACACAUUUUCUACAUUCAUGGGCAUAAUCAUAAAGAAAAUAUUCCAGAAGCUUUUCAGUCUAUAAGUUGUUACGGGAUCUUUCAACUCAUCUAUGCUACAAUCACUUUGAUAUGCGAAAGUUUUUGCCCUGUGAAAACAGUGAUCAAACUUUAUCGGAUUCGAUUAUAUUACUCCAAUGCCCAAUCGAAGCUCACUGAAAUUCCCACCGCAGAGAUCGCCCCUUUCUUACAAGAAAGCGAGGAAACACGCAGAUAUUUGGUGGUGACUCGACAGAAGAAAAAUAAAUGGAGCAAAUUUGUUGUGGAUUACAAAGGCGAUCGGCUGGUAGAGCCAGUCGUUGAAACGAUGGACUGUCAAGAUUCAAAU